CUUCGCGCGGGCCUGCAGCCUGGGACCCGAUUGAGAAGAACAGGGGACGCCACGCGCCCGCCAGCUCCCGGCGGCGCACUCCGCCCGGCUCCGGAGGCGCGGGGGCGCACCAUGCCUGCAGACACCCCAGGGAAGCCGAGAGCCUCGCCGCUGGCAGGAGCACCGGCCAGCGCCAGCAGAACCCCGAAUAAGCCCCGAAGCGCGGCGGAGCACCGAAAGGUGGGGACCGGGCGGGGCGUGGGUUGGGAGGCGUGGGGUGGGACAGACGGAUGCGGGACUCAGCCACAGCCCGACCCACAGUCCUCCAAACCCGUCAUGGAGAAGCGGCGCCGAGCGCGCAUCAACGAAAGCCUCGCGCAGCUCAAGACCCUCAUCCUGGACGCCUUCAGGAAGGAUAGUUCCCGCCAUUCGAAGCUGGAAAAAGCAGACAUCCUGGAGAUGACCGUCAGGCACCUGCAGAGUCUGCGGCGUGUGCAGGUGACAGCCGCGCUCAGCGCUGACCCCGCCGUCCUGGGCAAGUACCGCGCCGGCUUCAAUGAGUGUCUAGCGGAGGUGAAUCGCUUCUUGGCCGGCUGCGAGGGCGUCCCGGCCGACGUGCGUUCUCGCCUGCUUGGCCACCUGGCCGCCUGCCUGGGCCAGCUGGGGCCCUCGCGCCGCCCGGCUCCAUCGUCCCCCGCUGCGGAGGCCCGGGCGCCCGAAGUCUACGCCGGUUGCCCGCCGCUCCUGGCAUUCGACCACCCCUUACCCCUGCUGCGCCCUGGGUCUGCCUUCGCGCUGCGGCUCCCUCCAGGCCUGACUGGGGCGCCCCCCAACGCCCCUAGGGCGGGACUGCAGAACCGGGGCGCGCCCUGGAGGCCGUGGCUGCGGUGAGGCCUCGACCCUCAGACUGUAACAGAGGCUGCACCCCGUUCUAGGGCCGUGGCCUUUGCUGAGUGUACCAGAGAAUAUUUGUUUCCAGAGGCCACGUCGAGAGAGUUUUGAUAUUUUUUUGUCUUUGUGAAGACUCUAGUCUGGCGUUUCUUUCAGUCCUUAGUCCUGGGGUGGGGGGUGGGGGAGUCGGCUGGUUGCUUUGUGCUGGACUUCUGGGGUAGGACUGCGGGUGGCCCUUCCCCACGCUCUGUACUCCGUGCCGGCCGUUCCUCUAGCCCAGGGCUUGGUCGGUGUACCUGCAUCUGUGCAGGAGCCAGCCACCCUCCUGGAAGUGUGGGCGAUGUGAGAAGCCACUCAGGAAAGUGACAGUCAUCACAUUUUCCACAAUGUAUCCCAAUGUUGGAAACCAGUCCGGCGGCAUCACUGGGCAAGGAUUUUUGUUUGUGUUUAAAGGUACCUUAUCCCUCUCCUGUGGACCUUGGAAGGUGAAGACAUUGUCACACUCUUUUGUCCUGGGCCACUAGGCAUGGCGAGAGGUGAUUGUGCCCUGCGGCUUCAGUUCUGGCUUGGUCCACUUCCUACUUUAUUCUCAUGGUUCAACACAAAGCUGCCUGGGCUGAGCCUGCCCCAGGCCAGUGUCUGGUCAGGAGACGAGUGCCAGCAGGAGAGGGUGACUGAGUCCUGAGGACAGGGAACUGGGGCAAGACUGGCCAAGAGCACUUAGUGCCAAGGUUUGGAGGGGGGUAACUCUCCUACCAGAGUCCAGUCCUGCUGUGUGCCCUGGAGGGGAGGUCUCCCCCCUGGUGGGGAAAGAUUGGAGGGUGGUUCUGCCCAUGCCUCUGUUCUGAGCACCUGCUGUGUGGCAGCCCUACAGUCCUGGGCAGUAAUGCUGAGCAGCAUUGGACAUCAGCCCUGGAGUCACCAUCCUGCGGUGUCCCAGGUCUCCCUGAGCUACUGCUGGGCACUGGGCUCCAGUUGCAAUGAGGGGGUGAUCUGAGUCAUACAAGCUGAGACCGGAGUGUCUCAUCCUGAGCCCAUCUGAGGCUGAGCCAAGACUCAUUUCCCAACUGCAGCUGAGUUCAUCAGACGGUUGUCAGCCGCCUGCCUGGCCAGGGCCCAUCAAGGAGAAAGAGGGUGAGUCACUGCUAGAGGUUAGCCUGCUUCUCCAGUGGCUUCCAUGGCUGUGUCACAAGCAGGAUUCACCUGGGCUCUCCUGCACUCAGCCAUGCUUACCCAGCAGGGACCUCCAGAUCCCCACCAAGCAAGUCACCUCCUGCCCUCUGGUUUCCUUGCCCAUCUCCCCAAGACUGAAGGGCCUGGGUCAGUGGUCCUAGAUGGUGGCAGCCACAUGGGCCAGGUACUCUAUCCUUGGACAUAGACACACUCUGUGAUCCUGGCCUCGGGGGAGCCCAGGGGAGCUCUGAAGGAAGGUUUUCUUUCUUCAGAGCUGUGGCAUCAGCAGGACUGUGGGGGAGGAAUAAUUGAUCACUCCUGGGAAGCCCUCUUGGGCAGGAGACUAGCACAAGGUCUACUGCUGAAGCUAGAAGCUCAGCUUGGUUGGGAAAGGGGAGCUGCUCAGGGCUUCAGGGCAGAAGCUGGGAGAAGGGGUGGUGCUUUGGGAUGUGAAGCCUGGGGGAUGGGUAGGGGGGUGGUUAGGGUCUGUACAAAGCUGGAGCCCACACAUCUGCAGGAAAAAGAGGGACCUUCCUACUUGUGUGGCUAAAGGAGAAAGGGCCGCCUGGGGAAAUCACCUGGAACUUGGGCCAUGAUGCUCUCCCUCCUCCCAUGAGAGGGCAGUGAUAACUAGACCAGAUCUCUGGGCUCCCAUUCCCUCUCUGCCCUACUUCCUGUCCUUUCCACCCCCAACUCCCAUGCCACAUUUACUUCUUAUUUCCGGUAAUCUCAACACUGUUGCCAGAGGGAGCUUUGGAGUGAGGACCCAUCAAGGACCUCUCAGGCCCUGUGGGGGACCACACACAGUUCCAAAGACAGGCAAGCUCCUCCUGCUCUCUGUCCCUUUGAACUCAACCUCCCUGCUGAAAUUCUUUCCCCACUUUCCCACUGGAGGCAGCCACCCCGGGCUCCGUGGGCUCCAGAGGCUAAGGCCAUGCUGUCACUCACUUUGUCCCCAGCACCUGCUCGGAACAGUUGGAUUCAUACUGACCUGAAUAACUGAACAAAAGACGGAGUCAGGAGGUUUGGGAAGGGUUUUUGAAGUAUAGUUGAUAUACAGCGUUAUAUUAAUUUCAGGUGCACAACACACUGAUUCGAUAAUUGCAUACCUUAGUGCUCACCAUAAGAGUAGUCGCCAUCUGUCAGGGUACAGAAUUAUUGUGGGAUUAUUGACUAUAUUCCCUAUUCUGUGCUUUUCAUCUUUGUGACUUAUUUAUUAUAUACGUGGAAGUUUGUACCCCCUAAUCCUCUUUGCCUGUUUCACCCAUCCCCCAUCCACCUUUCCUCUGAGAACCACCAGUUUGUUCUCUGUAUU